GGGGAUAGCUGUCCGUCCCAAGGGUGAGUGUCCAAGUUGGACGGACAAACUGACCCCGAAUCAUCUAGUGCCGUGGACCAAGGCCAAUUCAGUGCCAUUGCAAGAGGAUACUGGCCCAAGAGGCAUGACGAGGGGAUCCCGUGCUGUCCUUCCUCCUCUUCAGCUACUGCUGCGUCAUCCUUCAUCAGCUCUGGGAUGGCGGGCAUCAGUGCAGAGUAUUCGACGACGACAUCUUCUUGCGAGUCUCAGUUGGUUCAAUCGGAAGGUUGUUCAGGAGAGAAUUGUCCUUCACAAGGCGCCGCUCCGCCGCCCUAUACCAAACGGGAUACGACUAUCACUGCGUCCGCCUCGCACGCGACGAUGAUAUACAAGAGAAAUCGGAUUGAGAAGCCUGAUGUGAAUGCAGCAGCUGUCAAACGAGCAGAAGGUAUAGACACGUCGACAACUGUCUCGUGGUCUACAAUAACCUUGACCACCGAUGACUGUGGUGCGGGGCACGCCUCGAGCGCUUAUGCAAGUCAAGUUCCCGCUAGCUCGGGAAGCUCAGGUAUGGCCGGUGCAAGUUCACAGUCUGGUUCGGCUGCUGUGCCUUCAGUUGCAUCGUCUUCUGCUGCACCACUUGUGUCCACUUCGACGGCCGCAAUCUCACAGGAGCCUUCUCAAGGCCUUGGACCUCCUCAAGGCUUCACACGAAGGAAGCGAGAAGGGGCCCCUGUCACAGUGACAGUCACAUCUCUGACAUACGCUACCUUGACGACGGCAUGUAGCUCAAGUUCAGCACCUCUCUCAUCUUCGGCACCUGUCUUGUGUCCAUGUACAAGUACAGCAUUGAUCAAUCCGCAAUCGACAAGUAGUGGUCAAUGGCAAGGGGACGCUCCGGGACCUUCUGCCAUCGCUCGACGAAGAGGAGUCAUAGGGAGAUACAAUCGACGAGAACAGGCGCCAAUGUCACUCUGCCCCUGUCAAGGUAUGAGUGCUGUGGAUGCUAGCUACUCGGCUAGCGCGAGCCACAGUGUGAGUGUGAGUGUGAGUGCGGGUGCGAGCGGUAGUGGAGGUGCCGCUUUGAGUGGAGGGGCAAGUGCGAGCGGUAGUGGAAGUGCGGCUUUGAGUGGAGGGGCAAGCAUGAGCGGUGUCUUGAUCAGUCAGGUCGUCUGUACAGGCUUGGGUUGCCCGUCGCAAGGCGCUGCGCCGCCACCAGGUAGACGGGACACAGAACCGCAAGUGACAGGUAGACUUAUGAUUCGUAACGAACCUGGGGGGUACAAGAACGGAUCGUGCACGACCUCUGGAUGCCCAACUCAGACCUAUGACAUCGAGCAUGAACUGCCCAUCGAAUCGCAUUCGUCUCACUCCAGUUGGAUAUGGCCGGGCAUGGCGAAACGAGCCUGGGAGGCAUGGACUUAUGAGAGUCCUAACUCUGCUCGUGUUGGCCGAGCCCUCCCUCCGCAGGAUACAGGCCCAAUCUUGAGGCGCAAUGUACCGACUGGUGUUUGUACGUCCACGACCUGGAUCACCACCGACAAUUGUGGGGCGCAGACAUCCACAGCGGCACCCGAGCCAUCAGCCUCGACAUCCUGGGAUGAUGACGAAUGCGAUGAUGAUGAGACUUCUACCUCGGCCUAUCCUUCUAGCGGAAUGGCAGGCAUCUCUGCCGUGUCCAGUGGCCCUUCCAUCAGUAGUACAGCUGCCGAAGCUAGCUCUUCCGCACCCUUGAUCUCGGAUCAACCAGAUGAUGGUCCAUCGCAGGGUGCUGCUCCUCCGCCUGCGUCGCUCAUGCGGAUCCGUUGACUUUCCAGUCGACUGAAAGUCACAGUAUGAUAGCUGCGCCUACAAACAAUCAAGUUUCGGCACAUUUCAUCCCUCCAUGCAUUUCUACCUACUGUACGCUUAAUUGAGCGCACACGUACAUAAUUCCCGACAUAAUGGUGCCACUUUCGAGCGCCUGUCUCAUUCCGCAUAGUCCUGAUGAUGGUGUGAAUCGAUUGUCUCAAUGAUCAUUGCAGAUCGAAGCAUGGCUGUGAUGAUG